AUGUUUGGUGAUACACAAAGAAUUACUGACUAUCAAUAAGAAAGCCAUCCGAUCAUGCUACAAUACUAAAAAGCAAUUGAAUUAUUGGAAGAGGUAAAUAAAAAGUUAAUUAAAGAGAAGAGAAAAAGGCGGUUUUGGCAAGAAAAAGUUAAAGCAAUAAUGAGAUGCUAACUAUUUCGAAAGUAUCAAGAAGAGUAGCUUCAGCUGCACAUAAUAAAAGAUACUUAUGACAUGCUUAAAUGUGAUGUUGACUAAGGUCUUUUAAAUAUGAAGCUAAAAGGUCUACCACCAGGUGUAGAGAUUCAUAGCAACGAAUAACAAAGUAGUAAAUCUGGUAAUAAAGAAAAUUAUAAAAAUACUCCUCUUAAGAUAAAGAUCAGUGAAAACAGUAAAAAAAUCAAAAAGGCUGAUACAACUAAUUAAUCUAAAAAUAAUAAAGAAGAUAUUCUUGUAUUUCCUUCUAGCAGCAAGCUUUAAUAGAGUUAGCUUAAACAAUAAAAUGAAAAUAAUCACAAGACAAAGCCAGAAAAGUAAUAAAGCUAAAAUACAACGGCAAGUUCUGGUAAAAAAUAAAAAUCUAAGAGCAAAUCAUCAACUGCUAAUCAAUAAUCAUCAAGCGGGAGUAAAAAAUCCAGGACAAUGGCGAUAGAUUAGUUUAUAUAAGAAUCAAUUCGAUAAGCCAAAGAGAGUAUUAAAAAUAGUGGUAUACUGCAGAGUACAGAGCCUGUGGAAUAAGAUUAGAAAAGUAAACAUUUAAUUGAGAUAUGUGAUGAAAAUAGUAACUAAUCAGUCAUCAUUUAAGGUGCUUAAAAAUUAUCAAGUUGUGUACAGUUCUAAUAAAACAUAUUGCCCUAAGGAUUUUUAAACCAACUUUAGUAAUGA